AUGUGGCUGUACAGGUUCGUGCUUUACAGCCUCGUGUUUGUUUCCGCAUGUGCUGACCAGGAUGUGCAACUGGAGAUUCCUCAGGGGAUCCUGAAGGGAUUGAAGACUGAAACUAUUCUGCACAACAAGCCGUAUUAUAGUUUUAAGGGCAUUCCCUAUGCGAAACCGAAUGUCGGCGCGGACAAAUUUCGGUCACCGGAAGCAGCCGAUCCGUGGGAAGGUGUAUACGACGCGACAAAACAUCGUUCUCCAUGUCCGUUUUACUGCAUGAUGAAGAAGGGUCUGAUCGGCGAAGAGGAUUGUCUUUAUCUGAACGUUUACACGCCAGUUCUGGACAAGGAAGCUGGUAAGGCUGUUAUGGUAUGGAUGUUCCCUGGUGGCUGGAAUGGUGGCAUGAGCGACGACGCUCUGUUUGGACCAGAUUUCCUGGUGGAGGACGACGUGGUGAUUGUUACUUUCAACUUCAGGCUCGGGGCACUUGGAUUUUUGAAUACCCAGGAUAAAAGCGCUCUUGGAAAUGCUGGGAUGAAAGAUCAAGUUAUGGCGUUGAAAUGGGUGAAGGAUAAUAUACAUUUCUUUGGCGGUUGUCCGAACAGAGUUACUAUUUUUGGCAGCAGCUCUGGCGGAGCUUCUGUUCAGUAUCACAUGUUAUCUCCCAUGUCCGAAGGUUUAUUCAGUGGUGCUAUACAGCAGAGUGGAACGAUACUCAAUCCGUGGGCGAUAACUUACAAUCCAAGAGAACAGGCCUUUAUGUUGGGAGAGGCCCUUGGUAUAAAAACGACAGACUCUGAGGAAUUAGUUAAAAAAUUGAGCGAGUUCCACGCCGAAGAUAUCAUCGCCGCCACUAAUGAAAUAACGAAACAGCAGAAUACGUUAAAUGGACACAUGAAUAUAUUCGUUCCAUCUAUCGAGGUCGACAUGGGACAAGACAUAUUCCUUCCAACAGAUCCUUGGACCCUGUUAAAAUCUGAAAGGAUCAUGGACGUGCCUUUAAUGUCUGGAAUUGUUGUCGAUGAAUGUCUAUUUAUGGCGCAAGGUAGCAUAGAUGGGAUCGAGAUGUUGAAUACAGAGCCAGAAUUAUUCCUGCCAAACGAUUUGAAUUUCACCGAUAUGAAUGACAUGAAGGAAGUUGGACAGUGUCUAAAGAAGUUCUACUUUGGCGACAACCAAGUGUCGAAGGACCACUUAAACGAAUACACCAAGAUGUUGAAUGACAUCUACUUUAACGCUGGGGAGUUUUUAUCUCUCGAUAUCAUGAAGAAUCGAAUUUCGUCUCCAAUUUAUGAGUAUAUAUUCUCUUACGAAGGACCAAUUGGUUUCAUGAAGAAUUUGUUCGGUAUCACCAGUGGAGUUGCUCAUGGCGAUGACGUAAGUUACUUGUUUUAUUCCAAUGCUUUUAAGAAUUUACCAGAGCCAGGUUCCUCAGCAGAAAAAAUGACAAAUAUCAUGACCAAACUGUGGACGAAUUUCGCGAAAGAUCGGUUCGUAAUAUUUUUCUCUAUUAAUAUUUUUAAUUCAGUUACAUUCUUGACGAUUAUUAGUAAGAUGCGUUUUAUGUCAAAUAUUAGAGAUCCAACCUCGAUAUUAGAUGGAGAUAUCACAGUGAAAUGGGAACCAAUGGGCAGUGAAAAUAACUAUCUUAACAUUAAUCAAGAAUUAAAAAUGGAAAAAGAUCUAAUGAAAGAUCAUCAUGAUUAUUGGAAGAUGAAAUAUAAAAAUGCUAUGCCAUGA